AUGUCGGGGCAGGGGCAGCGGCUGAACGUGGUGCCGACGGUGACGAUGCUGGGGGUGAUGAAGGCGCGGUUGAUAGGGGCUACAAGGGGGCACGCCCUCCUGAAGAAGAAGAGCGACGCCCUCACAGUCCAGUUCCGGGCGAUCCUGAAGAAGAUCGUGACGGCCAAGGAGUCGAUGGGGGACGUCAUGCGGUCGUCGGCCUUCGCCCUCACCGAGGCCAAGUACGCCGCCGGCGAUCACGUCGUCCGCCACGUCGUCCUCGCGCAGUCCACCCGCUCCGCCUCGCUCCGCGUCCGUUCCCGCCAAGACAACGUCGCCGGAGUCAAGCUCCCCCGCUUCGAGCAGUUCGUGGAUGCCUCCGCCAACACCGAUAAGUCCGCCGAUCUGACGGGCCUCGGCCGGGGAGGUGUUCAAGUUCAGGCCUGCCGCGCCGCCUACGUCAAGGCCAUUGAGGUGCUCGUGGAGCUGGCGUCUCUGCAGACCUCGUUCCUGACGCUCGACGAAGCCAUCAAGACCACCAACAGGAGGGUGAACGCUCUGGAGAACGUCGUGAAGCCCCGGAUCGAGAACACCAUCAAUUACAUCAAGGGUGAGCUGGAUGAGCUAGAGAGGGAGGAUUUCUUUCGGCUGAAGAAGAUCCAGGGGUACAAGAAGAGGGAGAUCGAGCGGCAGAUGCAGGCAGCGGCAAACUUCGCCGAGGAGCAGAAGGUGGAGUUGAUCUCGCUACAGAAGGGAGUCUCCAUGCACACUGCACAAAAAUUAUCUGAUCUACUCUCCGUCGGCGGCGAGAAGGACGAGGACAUCAUCUUCUGA